GCUAUUGUUUGAUUUAUGAAAAACAAUUAGAAGCUGUAAGUUGCUUUCAAUACAUCUGUGAGGAAGUCUUAUCAAUUUUCUACUUCCCCAGCAGUCGUUCCAUCAAAGGUUUCCCAGACUCGUCGUUACCACUGUCCGCAUCCUGCGAGUAAACAGAGACACUGUCCCGGUAACAGAUACACUCCACAAAAUACUAACAAGGCGGGGUACUCGACUGAUCCUCCUAUCAUCAUCAUGCUCAUUAUGAGUCCGGCUCACAUCCUGUGCUUUGGCAAUUCAUUGACACAUGGGUGGCCAUCCAAUCAUCCAUACGCCCUUGCAUUGGAGGAUACUUUCCAAACCUCCUCGCCCUAUAUCUCGAUAAAAACAGAUGUUCGAGGAUUGCCUGGAGAUCAAGUUGUCAGUCCCCCUGGACACUACUUACCAAGACUAGAUAUCUUGUAUAAUGAGAUUGAAAUACCUUAUAGCUGGAUGGUCAUAUUAGGAGGCACGAACGAUCUGACUCAAAAUCAAGAUGUCGAUAUCGUCUUUGAGUAUCUGAUGAAAGUCUGGGAUUACGCCCUUGCUCGAGGAACUCAAGUCUUGGCAUUGACUAUCCCAGAAUGUGGUAGUUGUGGACCAGAACUCGACCAGCGAAGAGAUUACCUAAAUGGUAUGAUUCGUGCUCAUCAAGCUGAAAAUUUUCAUGUACUGGAUCUUCAUGAUGCUAUACCAUAUUGGAGAAUGCCAGAAGAGGAACGUAGACGAAUCUGGACCGAUGGCUUACACUUCACAGAAGAGGGCUAUGAUCGGAUGGGGGCUUUGAUUGGUGUUGAACUUCACAGAUUGAUGUCUGUUGAAGAAUCGAUAAAUGAACAAGGGCAAAAACCUCUGAUGCUCCAGAAUAGCUAGUAUCCCGAGGAGCGGUCGAUAGGUAUACAAUAUCUUGAUGAUCGAUGAGGCUAACGACUUGAGUCAAGAGGCUCAAAUGUAAAGAAAAUGCACCGUUAUAACUGAAAAGGGUA